GUCCAACCACACACUUACCUGCCUUGGUGUUCACCACUCUUAAAUGGCUUCCUCUCUGCCUUCGGUGUUGAGGAAAGGAGGCUAUAGCACCACUGGAACAGGAUCACAAUCCCCUCACAAUUGCCAGGGAAAUGACUCUCAUGCCCACAAAUCUAAAUGAGGAAGUGUCUCUGCAGAUGAAGAUGGACUGCCAGGAACAACUGUUGACUGAGAAAAACAGUGGCUUUUUCCAAAAGCUCAAUGAGACUAAAGGCGCAAUGCAGGAUUUGCUAAAGGAAAUUAUCGAAAUGGACCACAUCUUAGACAGAUCAGAUCAUGAGGACGACGUUACCUCUGAAAACCCUCAAACUGACUUCCUUCACAAGGAUAUGUUGGAGCUGGAGGCUGAGCAUGACCAGGACCUGAGUGAACAAGAUGAGCAAGGAACAGAUAUUGAGGACUCUCAAUCGUCUACAUCUCUGCAGUUUUCAAAGAAGAACAUCCUUGAAUUGUGUCUAAAGGACAUGCUCCUCAAGCUAAACUACUGGAACACAAAGAUAGGUCUCCAAGUGAAAGAACUUGGAGCUGAUUACAUAAAUGGAAUGGAGAAAAUUGAAAGUAUUGUUAAAAUACAUGAAAUAGAAAACACAGUGAAGAGUUUAUUAAAUGACAUGCUGACCCUAAUGGGCCAAAUUGAAAAGCUGGAGGACAAGGAACUUGACCUUGAUCAGCAGGCAAACACUGAGGUGAAUGCUUGUAAUGAAACUUAUAAAUCAAAGAAGAAGGUCAUGGAAAGAAUGGAGGAAUUUUGCAAGAAUGUGAAACUGCUAAAUGCAAAGCUGAGGAUGUAUCAAAUGGAGGCAGAGGACACUGAGUUUCGCAGUUCUGAAGAAACAGACAUGGAGGAGAUGGAGGCCCUGCUUCCUCAGGCCCCGGCAUCCUUUUCAGUACAGAACUCUCUUCCUCCCAUUACAGUGUGGAAACAUGCACUGAGGAUUUUCAUCAUGUUUCAUGCCCUCAUCGUCACUGGAGUUUUAUGUUACAUACUAUUUUUUGAUGCUAUGUUUCUAAAAACGUCUGAAAGGGCGCUUCUGAGAAUGCUUGGGCGCUGCACCGUGUGGCACCUACGGGAGGUGAUAGAGCCUUUCUUGAAUUUGGAAGUGGAAGACUUGUUACCCUCCUAAAGAUACAGAAAUUACUGUCACCCUACUAAUUUUCUCCCCAGUAAAAAUUCUGGCUGUUCCUG